AUGAGCACUUCUCGUCAGCAAGCCGUGCCACUCCCCGCUCAUGCCCCAGCAGUAUCGACCAGCAUAUCAUCUCCCGCCCAGAAGAAUGCGCGCACAGCCUAUCCCGACAUGUUAGGUUCACCACCAGUUCCUCCCCCGAGGACCUCUUCCACAAAUCACAGUCGUCGCAGUCCAAAUGGAACAUCUACAGAGAAGACGAGUAGCUCCCGGCAAGGCAAGAGCAAGUCUGAUCGAAAAGAAGGUCGUGAUCGCACGCGCGACGACCGAAAUGGCAGGUCACGGAGGCAGCCAGAGGAGACCUCUGGUGAAGCACAGCAGUCAAGGACGGCGCCGCCAAUCACAAAUUUCACCGACUCAGAAAUCGACAGUGUCCCUGGCCAGGGCAACUUCUUGCAGGAACCAAGUACGGAAGUUAAUUCUGUGACAGCCAAUGACCCUCUUAUGGACCAAGAGAGAGAACAGGUGCAACCAGCUGGCACAGAAAAUGCCUCCUCAUCUGGAUUUGGUGCACCUAGCAACGAUGGUGUGGAGGAGGCUCGUGGUCCUCGAAGUCGACACGAUUACAAUAAUGGAAACGUUAUCAAGCGCAAGGAAACCACCUUUGGCUCGUAUAUCCUCGGGCAAACCCUCGGCGAGGGUGAGUUUGGAAAGGUUAAGCUGGGAUGGAAGCGCGAUGGCAGUAUCCAAGUAGCAAUCAAGCUCAUCCGGAGGGACACAUUGGGGACUAACCCCAGCCGACUACCGAAAAUCUACCGUGAAAUUGCCAUUCUACGUGAGCUGGCGCACCCCAACAUUGUGCGCCUCCAUGAAAUGGUGGAAACUGACCGCCACAUUGGUAUCAUCAUGGAGUACGCAUCAGGAGGUGAACUAUUCGAUUACAUCUUAAAUAAUCGGUAUCUCAAGGAUAAUUCUGCACGCCGACUGUUUGCUCAACUGGUUUCCGGAGUUGGUUAUUUGCACAAGAAGGGCAUUGUGCACCGUGAUCUCAAACUGGAGAACUUGCUACUCGAUCGGAAUCGCAACAUUAUCAUUACUGACUUCGGAUUCGCCAAUACAUUUGACCCGGUGGAUCCCCUAGACGAGGAAACCGAGUACAAUUUGACCAACAAAGAAUACGUGAAACGGAAGCGACUAGACAAGAUUGGUUCGAACGGGCUAAGGCGAGGUGAUCUUAUGCAGACCAGCUGUGGUAGUCCCUGUUAUGCAGCCCCUGAGCUUGUCGUGAGCGAUUCCUUGUACACAGGCCGGAAGGUGGAUGUGUGGAGCUGUGGAGUGAUCUUGUAUGCCAUGCUGGCCGGAUACCUACCCUUCGACGACGACCCAGCGAACCCAGAUGGCGACAAUAUCAAUCUUCUUUACAAAUAUAUUGUCACCACUCCUCUCACAUUCCCGGAAUACGUCACACCACAUGCACGCGAUCUAUUAAGACGGAUACUGGUCCCCGAUCCCCGGAAACGUGCAGACCUGUUCGAGGUUGCCCGUCACAGCUGGCUCAGCGAGUUCUCGAAUAUUGUGUCUCAUAUCACAAGCAGCACGACAAACGUUGUGGACAUUGCGAACACAACGAUACCGUCUGAAAAUCAAAAAGAAGCGCCGCCUCUCGUCCGCAGUGCCUCAGUGCGCGAACCACCGAAGACACAUCAGAACAAUCCGCCGGCUGUUGGUGGUUUGAACCAUCAUGCCGGUGAUGUUUCUCAAGACCCACCGUCCGAAAAGUCUAGGACCCCCCGCGAUGCCAAACGGAGGACGGUACAAGUCGAAUAUGUUGCUCCUCAGUCACAAACGACCCGAGGAGAACCUCCCGCGGAAGCAUCUGCACCACGCAGCCGAGUCACGGCCCCAUCCGAGGCCCAGACUGUGGCUACAGUGCAACAGCAGACAGAACCUGCACACCAGCCUACAGAUGCACCGGCACUCAACCUCAACAAGCCACUUCCAGGACACUUCCCACGCUCGACUUCGGACAACGCAGCACUUACUGGGUCGCAGAUGGCUGCUAUGCCUCAAGGGCCUCGACCGGCCACUGGCGGAUCUAUGAACUCCUUUGGGAACACUGGUCGUUUGCCUUCUCGCGGCUCCUAUGGACAACCGGUGGCUCCCACUGUUACCGCAACUAACACAGAAGGCCGCUUAGCACAGCCCAAGAGCAGGCAAUUUGCUCUUGCACAGGAUCCUGCGCAGACAUCGAGCACAUCUAUCAGUCGCCCAAGCACCCAGAAUCAGCAAUUGCCUCCAACCUUCAACACGACUCCUCGACAAGAGCCGCCAAAGGGUCACAAGAGGUCCAAUACUGUUUCCAGUCUAGGCGAGAAGCUUUUCGGUCGUUCUGGUUCAAUAUUGGGUGGCCGUACGCAAUCUAAUGCUACUCGUACAAAACAGGACAAGCGCUACCCCCCUGUUAGCAUGAAGGAGCCUCUACCGAGAGAAAACUCCAGAAUGUCCGUGGAUUCCCGCCGCUCGAUGCAAUACCCCCAUAACCGCAAGACAAGCGAGUCUGGCGCGGAAAGCCGUCCUCGUCGAUUUUCAUUACUCCCUCAAUCCUUCUCAUUCCGAGGUUUCUCUAAUACCCGGGCUCAGACCCCCGAAGAAACCUCGCAGAUCCCUCAUCCUGUUGAGUCCCGUGGCUCGCAACGCCCCGCCACGGGCCUUUCAGGUCCGGCGCAGGGUCGUUCUCGGGCGACAAGCUAUGGCACGCAAGAUGCCAUGGGGAUAGUUAACGAGGGACCUGGCGAGGAUGUUCAUACUGAACCUGAGCCGCUUAGCUACGAAGCCCAAAUUGAUCGACAGUUUGCAGACCUGGGAUCUCAAUUUGAUCACCAGAGUGGUUCCUUUGGAGUCCCCUCGGCUGAGCAAGUAUACCAAAACUCUGCAGGCUACACGUCUAAGCCAAAUUACUACGAUGAUUAUAACGGUCCUUAUGACAGCGUGCCCAGGCAGUCGAUGCAGGUUGGCCGACCAGGACGUGGGCCAGGCGUUUUGCAGAAAAGCCACCGCAAAUUUGCCGAUGCCUAUGAAUAUGAGCGCGAUGGGUCUCACCACUCCGGCAGCUCUGGGGCAGCACGCAAAGUCAUGGACUUCUUCCGGAGACGAGCCAAGUCCCGCGCUGGUGAUGACCGUUGA